AUAAAAGUACUAUAUUUACUAAUAAACAUCUUGCAGUUGUAACAAAGCACUUAUCUGAAAAUAAACCUAUUUUACAUUAUCUUGGAAUGAUUGAAUUAGAGGAUUGUAGUGCUGAAACAAUUACUAUAAAUUUAAAAAGAUUUAUAUUAGCUAAAUUACUUAAUAUUGAAAUUUUGGUUCAUUUUAGAAGUGAUGGUGCAACAUAUCGUUUACAUCUUGCAGGGCAAGAUGCUGCUAAAAAAGUAUCAUAUUUUGAAAAAUAUGAAAAGUUAGUAAAAGGAAUUUAUACAUAUUUUAGUAGUUUUUAUAAAAGAUUAUUAACACUAAAAAUGGUACAAAAUACUUUAAAAGAACUUGAAUUAAUGAUAUUAAAUAUUGUAUCUACUCGAUGGCUUUUAUUUUCAAAUAUUAUUUAUAAUUUUCAUCAAAAUUUAGAGUCAAUUAAAGGAACAUUAUUAGAUGAAGCAGCAAAUAAUAUGCAGGCAGCUAUUUUAUUAGCAGAUAUUGAUCAAACUUUUGAAAUUAUAACUAUGUUUUUGGCAGAUUAUUUUUUUAUAAUAGAUAAAUUAAUAUGUAUUUUUCAAUCAGACUAUAUUUCAUUUACAGAUAUCAAACAACAUAUUACAAUGACAUGCGAUGCAUUACAAGCUCAAUUUAUUGGUAACCAUAAUGUUUUACCUACUUAUGAACAAAAUUUACUUAAAUAUAUAGAAGAAAAUAAUCUAGAUACUAAACUUUAUAAAGCUAUAAAAAUAUAUGAUCCAAAACAGUUACCAAUAUCUGAUAAUGAUUUAGCAAACUAUGGUAAUGAAGCGAUUAAUAUUCUUAGUAAUUUUUAUGGAACAGAAAAAAUUAUUAAUAAUCAACAAUUUAUACCACUAUUAGAAAAAAAAGAUUUAAUUAAUGAGUAG